AUAGCUGUAUGGAAUUGACAGACCCACUGUGCUGGCAGCGUGCGUGCCACUGCCCGCGAAGGGAAGAAGACGAGCGAGGUGCUGUGUGCUGAUUUCUCCUUCUCUAUCUCACCAUAUCAAACUCAUCUCACAAUGCCUGUAAAUCAUACAUUUCAAGGAGGGAAAGCCUUUGGAUUAUUUAAAGCUCAACAAAGGGAGAGAUGCGAGGAAAUAAACAAGCAACGUUGUUUUUGUUCACCGGCUGGGAUCCAAUCCAUUGUCCUGGGUGGUGGGCAAAACAAAGGAUCCGCUUCGGGAAAGUCGUAUUCCUGGUCGUAAUGAUGGAAUACAUGGAAGACCAGAAAUACCGGGAUGAGGAGGACCUCCUGGAAAAACUGGAUUCUUUUAAAAACAAAUAUGCAGAGUUUGACCUGAACGACCAGGGAGAGAUUGAUAUGAUGGGUCUGAAGAGGAUGAUGGAGAAGCUGGGUGUUCCUAAGACCCACCUGGAGAUGAAGAAGAUGAUCUCUGAGGUGACCGAAGGCAUCAGCGACAGCAUCAACUACAGAGACUUUGUCAAGAUGAUGCUGGGCAAGCGCUCGGCCGUUCUCAAACUGGUGAUGAUUUUCGAGGACAAGGCUAACGGGGCCAUCUGUAAGCCUGAUGGUCCUCCACCCAAACGGGACAUAGCCAGCCUGCCAUAGACCCAGGACAUCCUGAGCCUCUAGACUAUAUCACCAUUCUAGGACCCUACCAAGGCUCCUGCCCUCAGCCAGGGACGUGUACAUAGCCUUAUCAACUCCCCACCUCAGGAUGUGCACACGUCCCAGAA